AUGCUUAGAGAUAUUACAAAUCAGAAAGUUUGUGAGAAAUGGCCUGCACUUAAGAAACGAAAAAUCCAAGAUGGAUCUGCUAAAUAUCUUAGUGGAUCCAACCAGGAAUCUAAAAACUCUUCCGAAAACUACAUAGAUAGAUCAACUUCUAUGGGAUCUGCAAUUGAUCUGAGUGAGCAACUAGACAGAGAAAGAAAGAAGGAGCUAAUGGAAGUUCGGACAGAAAAAGGAUCUGCAAAAUCGCAAUUGCAACAUCUUCAGGGAAAACUUUGGGAAGUUAGAGAGAAUCUUCCCGAACUUCAGGUGGAAGUGGAUAAACUUCAGAAGGAAUAUGAAAUAUUAGUGAAUAAAUGCUCUGAAAAAGAAGUUAAAAUUCAAAAUAUAGGGAAACAAAGAGUGAAGUCUAUUAACGAUCUCCAAGUACAAUUUGAAUGUUUUAAGAAGAAACAAGAAGAAAGUUUCAACAAUCAAAUUAACAUUAUAGCAGAUGAGUGUGACAAAAAGGCAUAUGCGGUUGUUUUAAAGAAGCAAAAGGAAUUCUAUGAAAAGGAGCAAAUGACAAAGCGUUUAUGUGAUAAGAAUAGAGAAGAACUAAAGAAAUUGCAGGUAAAUUUUGAUCAAAAAAAGGCAUUAUUAGAGGAACAGUACAAAUUGAAACUGACUACCAAAUUGUUGGAAAGAGAGAGAAUGAUAAAGGAUCUUAAGCAAAGUAUUGAAAGUUUGGGGUCCCAACUGAAAGGAUUUGAGUUUGAUAAGCAUAAGCUUUCUGAUUCACUUUCAAGGCAAAAGGAAGAGAACCAGAAACUUGAUAACAAGUAUCAAAAUGUAAAGCGGGAGGCAGAAAAGUUUAGACAAAGAACCGAUUUUUUGAGAGUUGAAGUUGACAAGAAAGCAUCUCACCUUACUGAUUUAAAAGAGCGGAAGCAUACUCUUCUUCAAAAAAUCAGCUCCUUUAGGGAGGGUGAAAUAGAGCUUAAAGAAAAAUAUAUUGAACAGCAUAAACUUGAACUGGAGUUGCGGGAAAGGCUACAAAAUUUAAAGGGAAACAUUAGAGUUUUUUGUCGUGUAAAACCUUCAAAUGAUCAUAUUGCAUUUGAUAUUAAAUACGGUCAGGCAUCGCAGGACUCAGAUCUUAAGGAUCAUAUUGAAAUUACAAAACCUAAGGAUAGUCAUGAUAGUAUUCCAGCAUCAACAGUUCUGAAUCAUUUGCGGUCUUACAGCUUUGUAUUUGAUAAGGUAUUCGACCAGUAUGCCACAAAUCAAAAGAUUUUCGAAGAGGUUGGGCAAAUGGUUCAAAGUGCUAUUGAUGGUUAUAAUGUAUGCAUAUUUGCGUAUGGGCAGACUGGUUCGGGAAAAACAUAUACGAUGUCAAAACCGGGAGAUGGGGUUAUUCCACUUUCUAUCAAAAAGGUUUUUUCAUGCAUCAAAGAAUACAAAGAACUUGGAUGGAGUUUUAAAGUUGAUGGUCAGUUUAUAGAAAUUUAUGGUGAUAGCAUUAACGAUCUUCUUGCGGACACAUACAUCCGAAAGCUCGACCGUAGCCAAAUUCAAAUAAAGCAGUUGAAAUUGGAAAAGAAAGUUGUUUUGACUAAUGUUUCAACGUUUGCUCUGAAAUCACCUGCAGAGGUUAAUAAGCUUUUAGCAAAAGCUGAUGGAAAUCGGAAGACUGCAAGCACACGUAUGAAUGAUCGCUCAUCAAGAUCGCACACCGUUUUUAUAAUUGGUGUUCAUGGAAAUAAUGUAAAGACGGGAAAGUCCGUUAAUGGUGUGCUCAAUUUAAUUGAUCUAGCUGGAUCAGAACGCGUUGAUAAAUCGCAAGUCAAGGGAAUACAUUUGCAUGAAGCGCAAGCAAUUAACACGUCCUUGAGUGCACUUGGAGAUGUCAUAUCUUCGAUUAAUUCCAAAAACUCACACAUUCCUUAUAGAAAUUCUAAGCUCACUUAUCUUCUUCAGUACUCCCUAGGAGGAAACUCUAAGACAUUGAUGUUUGUGAAUGUUUCGUCGAGUGCGGAGCAUUUUAAUGAGACGUUGAACUCAUUGCGAUUUGCACAGAAAGUGAACAACACACAUAUAGGAAGUGCGAAAAAGAUAGCUGAAUGA